GUGACCAUUCCUUUCAUAUCCUUAUCAAUUUUAUUUGGAUAUUUAUUUAAUGUUCUUGAAUUGUCCAACUAAUUUUUUAUAAGUUAGAUAGGAGGAACUUUUCUCCUCCAACUCAAAAUAUCUCAAGAUUUUAUCAUCAUUUUUAUAAGGGAUGAUCAGAAAGAUGAUAGCCCUUUUUGGAAUUGUGAUAUUGGCACUAAUUUAUAGGGCAAUUAUGCCACCACCUCCAAAGAUUUGUGGUUCACGUAAUGGACCUCCAAUUACAGCACCAAGAGUGAAGCUAUCUGAUGGGAGAUAUUUAGCAUAUAAAGAAAAUGGUGUCCCUAGAGACCAAGCAAAACAUAAAUUUGUUUUCAUCCAUGGCUUUGAUUGUGUUAGACAUGAUGUUGCUUUGCUCACCACUAUUUCUCCUGAGGUUAUGCAGAGUUUGGGAAUAUAUAUAGUGUCAAUUGAUAGACCUGGUUAUGGAGAAAGUGAUCCUCAUCCAAAAAGAACACCAAAGACAUUAGCUCUUGAUAUUGAAGAGUUAGCUGAUCAUUUGGAGUUGGGAUCUAAAUUCAAUGUUAUUGGAUUUUCCAUGGGUGGACAAGCUGUCUGGGGCGUUCUCAAGUAUAUUCCUCACAGAUUGGCUGGAGCAAUUCUUCUAACACCUGUGACUAACUACUGGUGGGGUAGUUUUCCUGCAAACUUGACUAAAGAAACGUACUACGAACAGCUCGUACAGGAUCAAUGGACGCUUCGAGUUGCUCACUAUUUUCCAUGGCUGACUUACUGGUGGAACACUCAAACGUUGUUUCCUGCUUCCAGCGUUGCACAGUUCAGUGAAGAUAUCCUUUUCGACCAAGACAGAGAACUGAUGCCUAUCUUUGAUUCCUAUCAAAGUAAAUAUCGGGACCUGGUAAGACAGCAAGGGGAUUACGAAUCGAUCCACCGCGACCUAAUGAUAGGUUUCGGGACAUGGGAAUUCGAUCCAAUGAGACUAGAGAACCCGUUCCCUAACGGUGAAGGCUCCGUUCACAUUUGGCAAGGCGAUGAAGACGGUCAUGUACCCGUCAAACUACAACGAUUCCUCGCGAAGAAACUACCGUGGGUUCAUUAUCAUGAAAUGAAAGGAGGAGGCCAUAUGUUUCCAUGGGCUGAAGGAAUGGGAGAUAAAGUCAUGAAGACUUUCUUACUUGGAGAGCCCUUUGAAUAUAAAUGAUUCUAUCAUUCAACAAAUUGGAUUAUUUGUUAACAAGCAUAUAUAUGCCAAUUAAGUUGUAUUAUGCAAGUGAUAGAUAAAGUUCAUGAAGCCAUUCUUACUUUUAUAGCCCUUUGUUCUAUAUAACUAUACUAUGGGGCUUGUUUAGUAUUGGUUUCAAUGACUCUUCGUCAUUUUACAAAUUCAAAUGUUUUGUUAAUAAUCAAGUACUAUUAGUUAA